AUGCAUCUCUGCCGAUCUCGAUAUCGAGCUUCUCCCCGAGAUCCUGGCAGGUUGAAAAGCGGCACUCUGCGAAGGGCCGUCGAGUUCUCUGCCGGUCAAUGUCGAAUAUGGCGUCGCUCUCGAGCUCGAGCGUGGUCAACGAGCUCGAGAGUUCCGUUCUGCCCUGCAAUAAAACGUGAAAUCCUUUUGGAGUGGGCUUGCGAGUCUGGGACGGGUGAUGAAACUGCCUCGAAGACGAGUAUGUGGUGCUCCCCAAUCGUGCCACGACGUUACCAUCCACGCUUUGCAGAGCACUCCUCGACCGAGGCCUUUGACCUGACAAGUGUGGUUUUCCACCUCCACCUAAGAGUGGCACAUCCAGACAUUCCCACAAAUAUCUACCGGGAAUUCGCCAGAUUUUGCUCUUUCCCCUUUGGAAUCGUACACGACCUCUCGAGGAUCACUACCAUCCUCAGAACAAAUUCGCACUGGUUCGUAGCAAAUUUCUAGUACAAAGAAGCUUAAAUCUUUACAUUUGUAUAAGCAUAGACAGUAAAGAAUCUUCCCGAAACAAUUGAAUAAUCUGAACAGUCGGUGAUUAGAUGCACGUGCACAUCCACUCCGCAUUGCUGGUAAUUGUCCAUUUGGAGGGGACAAGCUCAAGUCAAACGAGGACCAGAUGGCAACAGUGAGCGUUUCUUCAGUUACUUACCUCGACAAUGACUGCUUGGCAGCCACAGACGAGGUUACGUCCUCAACAGUCUGAAAAAGCAAUAUCGAGUUGAGGUGCAAAUGUAAAGCAGGAGCCUGCUGUACUUCCGCACACCAUCUUGUAUAUCCAGCAGACAGAUCAGUCUUACAACUGAAGAGCAGCAGCCGCGGCAGGUGUGGAGUGGCACACCGUACUGCGGCUGCCAUGUGAGCGAAGUGCCCCGGGCACGUAUAUGUUCCAUUCGUCUCCGUAUACCAUGUGCUGCAAGUGCUGCGAUCUGAAAGCCCGCAUCUUGACAGAGGGAGGAUGGGGAUGCAAACCCAUCAGACUUCUACUCUGGUCACGUAUUUCUUUAUCAGUGUGAAGCUGUAACCGCAGAAGCAGCUGAGCGCAAUAUCAGUACGAACGUAAGUAGAGAAAUGACGCCAGGUACGAAUUGACCGUGAAGAAAGGAAAUCUGGACAUGAACAUUGAUAGAAAUGGAUUUGUUAUGUUUAGAUUUGUGGUCACCAACAAUGCAGACGACGCAGUAAAACACAGCGUGGCGGUAUAUACAUCAUGUAUAAAAUCUCGCAUCAUCAGUUCUCAUCGCUGGAUUUUGGAAGAUGCUCAAACAACACCAUCUACAUAAGUCAGUGAAUGCGAAGGAACAACAGAAAGAAAAAAAUAUAUAAAUCCGAAGUCAUGUCUCGGUGAGGGACUACAAUUUCUUAUCCGACUUUGGAAAAAUCAUAAUUACAGAGCGGACGGAAUUUUGUCAGCUGGCGACUCGUAGAAAGCACGUCUUAUAGAUGAUUCUCCAACAUCUUAAAAGUCAGACACAGUAUCAACCGCAUCCAAUUCUCAAAAGUGUUCACGACUUACUACACAGCCCUGAUCGAACGCCACAUUUAACUAUGCAAAAGUCCCCAUUAAACAUGUGCAACUCUCUUCUGUGAGUGGUGACAGAGCUAGUGAACGUAGUACUGAUUCUGAAGAGCAUUCCUUGUCAGGAAUGAUCCAACAAAGUAAAGGUUGCGCGGCUCUUCCUGUCUUUGGGCGUAGUAGACGAUAACAUAGAGAGGAUGAGUUUUCUCGCAUGAUCACAGCAUGGUUGCAGAGCAUCUGCUAAAAGGGCAAUGACAGUCAUGCAAAACCUCGAAACGGU